GACUAUUUUUGUAGACUUUAUCCUAUUUGUCAAAAUGAUUAGAUCUAGCUUUUUAAUGUUGAUGGCUUGUUUAUUUCUUCCUUUUCUUGUUUGUGUAUGAAGAUAUGAAGGUGGCCACCAUGCUUGUGGAUCCUGCUGGAUUGUCAAGCUUACUACCUCUGCCUUGAAAAUUAUGGUGCUUCAAAGGGGCUAAUUUGAAAAGCUCUUACUGAACCUGGGGUUAAGCAUGCGUUGAUUGCAAUACAAGUGCUUCAGCAGGUUGCUUAAGAGAUUGGACUUUCCAGAAAUGAAGUUCAGCUUAUACUUAUGGGCUAUGAGCUUCCUUGCUGCUCUACUGGUGAAGGAUCUUGUGUUUCAAAUGGAGCAUGUGAAGAUUGCACAACAGGAUAUCCUUAAAUGGUGCAACGGAAUUGUAGGUUUAGGUUUUUCUUUAAGAAUUGAGAUUCUUAGCACAAUGAGAGCAGUCCAAGGUGCACUAAUAGUAGCAUCAUGCAUACAAAUAAUUUUGGGAUUUAGUCAAAUAUGGGCCAUUUGUUCCAGGUUUUUCAGUCGACUUGGAUAUAAAUACUAUUCUGAUUCUGAGUCAUUUGUGUUAGGUUGGGAGCUGGGUCGAAAUUGGAAUUCCCAUGCUAAUACUGUUUAUAGCCUUAUCUCAGCUGCCAACUUAUCCUGCUAGCAUGUUUCUUAGUAAUGCUAAUGGAACAGUUUCGCAAUAGCAUCAAGGUGAAAAAUUGUGUACAAAUCAUUCUAGCAACAAUUUCUUCUUCCUUUUGUGGUUGUUGUUUGUAAAGUUUCAAUAAAGAAUCGUUCAAUUGCUGCCAUAUUUCUUCAUUUUAUUUAAAGCAUAUACUUGCACUAAAUUAUUUGUCUAAAAGAAAUGAAUGAGAGAGACUAUAUAUUUUAAUUACUGCCAUAUAUUUAUUUAUUUAAUUCAAUUGCUUCCAUAUACUUGCAGAAAUUAUAUUUCUUCUACUUUCUUGUGAGAGAGACUAUAUUUGCAUCACUCACUUCCCUAAAAAUAAGAAAAAUUACGUAGUGUGUUGUGUUCUUAUUACUGUCAUACAUUGAAUCAAUAAGCUUUCUAGUAAAAAUUUUUAGCAAGCACUAUUUUAUUUGAUGAUUCUAUUUUGUUCUUUUUAACAGGCACAAAAGGAAGAAGAACUUCCAGAGCAAGUUUUGUGCUGCUUAAGAUUGAACAAAAUUGAUUUUUUUCUUGCAUUUCUUGUGCUCAUAAUAAUUAUAUUUUUGUUGUAGGGAUUGGAU